CUGCCGGCUCCAGUCCCUGCUUUAGUGCCGCCGGGCGCGGAGGCGCUCGCAGGGCUGCGGUUGAGUCACCCCGGGCAGCACCCAGAGCCGGGGGUGGGACCGGGGGCGCCGCGCACCCGCGAGGGUCCCGGGGGCGCUGGGGGGCGGCGAGCACGGAGACCCCGUCACUUGGGCAGGGAACAAGGCACCACAGCAGCGCCUGGCUCAGACUUAGGUGACGUUUGUAGGUGGUGGCUCUUUUCCGGGGUUACCCCCCCCCCCCCCGCGUACCGGCAGUAAACAGGAUACGAGCGGCUGCGGCGGGGAGACAGCGGCAGCAUCACCCCAGCCCGGGGGGAGUCGCAGGAUGACCGGGGGGGCUCCUGCCCGAGGUGCCUCUCCCGAUGUUGGCAUCGCUGGUGCACGCCCGGCGCGCUGAGCCCCCCGCGCCCCUUUGCCCGGCCCCCCGCGCUGUCCCCACGCUGUUCCCAGCCCCCGGCAUGGCCCUGGAGCCCGGGCCGCUGCUGGACCUGAGCUUCCUGACGGAGCAGGAGCGCAGCUGCAUCGCCGAGGUGCUGCGCCGGGACUGGCAGCUCCGGCGGCGAGAGCAGGGGCGCAUCAGCAAACUCCGCAAGUCGGUGUCGGACCCGGCGCGGCUGCGGAUCCUCACCGGGGACUGGUUCUGCGACGCGCGGGCCCGGCGGCACCAGCAGCCGCUGGGCUCCGACCUGGUGCGAGCCUCCAUCCGCCGCAGGAGGCGGCCCCGGGGAACGGGGGAGCUGGAACGUGACCCCAGUCUGGGCGAGCUGGAGGCCAUCGAUGAGCCACUGGCAGAGGAGAGGGAGGAUGAGGACGGAGCCUUGGAGACAGACGAGAGCUGCCCCACAGAGCAGGUGCAGGAGGCCCCUGAGCCCCAGCCCAGCCCCCCCGCCCCGGCCGUGGAGGGGACCCCGAUGUCCCAGCGCCCGCUGCACGGUGACGUCCCGGUGAGGGAGCAGGACAGCCCGGCCCAGCCAGGAGACACAGCGGGGGAGAACGGCCUCGGCUCAUCCAGCAGGGAGGAGGAUGAGGAGGAUGAGGAGGAGCCGGACUCGACACAGAGCAGCCACAGCGCUGGGCAGAGACCAGAGACCCCCCAGACGGAUGAGACACCCCCAGACCUGCUGUCCCCACAGAAUGGCCACACCCCCCCGAGCCUGCUGAGCACCAGCUCCUCCGUGUCCAGUCUCAGCUCCUCCACACUGAGCGGGAGCCUGAUGAGCCUGUACAGCGAGGGGGAGCUGGGCCGGGUGCCCGUGCGGGGCUGUGUGCAGUUCUCCCUGCGCUACCACCCCGCCCAGAGGGAGCUGCAGGUUCACGUCCUGCGCUGCCGCGAGCUGGCCGAGGCCAAGAAGCAGCGCUCGGACCCGUACAUCAAAACGUACCUGCUGCCCGACAAGUCCAACCGCAGCAAGCGCAAGACCGCCGUGAGGAAGAGGAGCUUGGAUCCCGUCUUCAAUGAGACCCUCAAGUACAAGCUGGACAAGAGGGACCUGCAGGGCCGGACCCUGAACCUCUCCGUGUGGCACCACGACAGCCUGGGCAGGAACCUGUUCCUGGGGGAGGUGGAGGUGGCCCUGGGAACCUGGGACUGGGCCAACACACGCCCCGAGUGGUUCAGUCUGCAGCCACGGAUGCCCAUCCCCUCGGACGGCCUUGCCAGCUGGGGCAGGCUCAACCUGGCGCUGAAGUUCAUCCCCGCGGGCUCGGAAGGAGCGGGGAUGCCACCCACGGGCGAGCUGCACAUCUGGGUGAAGGACGCUCAGAGCCUGAUCCCGCUGCAGAGCGGCACGGUGGACGCCUUCGUGCAGUGCUACGUGCUGCCCGAUGACAGCAAGGCCAGCCGGCAGAAAACGCGGGUGGUGAAGCGGAGCCUGAACCCCCUCUUCAACCACACCAUGGUGUACGACGGCUUCCAGGCCAAGGACCUGGGCGAGGCCUGCGCCGAGUUCACCCUCUGGCACCACGAGGCCUUUUCCAAGCGCCAGCUGGGUGGCAUCCGCCUCAGCCUGGGCACCGGGAGCAGCUACGGGCUGCCCGUGGGCUGGAUGGACUCGACGCCGGAGGAGCAGGGGGUGUGGAAGCAGCUGCUGCAGCAGCCCGGGCGCUGGGUGGAGGCUCUGCUGCCCCUGAGGACCAACCUUGUGCCCCGGGCGUAGCCCUGAGCGGGGCCGGGGCACCUGAGCGCUGGAGCCCUGGGGCAGCACUGUGCGGGCUGUGCCCUCCCCUUCCAGCAGCAAUGAAGUGGCACCAGAGGGCACA